CUCCAGCAGUGCGACUAACGCUGUCAGAUCGCAGAGAACAGCCGGGGGAGCGUUCCACGUGUGACAGGCUGGAAGCAGAGGGUAGAAGGCGGCAGUAAGUUUGUCUGGGAAGCUCCAGCUCAGGAUAAACUCAGUCCAACUCUUCAGGAUUGUUCUAACAUUGCGCUUUUUGGCGUUCGCUCUUCUUAGUUGGAAUAAGACAAAACAAUGAUAACCCUGCUCGGUGGCAUCGCUUGUUUACUGACCCUUGUCAGUGGCAACAGCGUCAAAACGCAGGAGAGCGCAGCCGAGCGCUUUGUUUGCACCGCGGUCCCUGCCGACGCCGACCCGGGCUGCCCCAUGGCGCAGGAAGCGCUGUCCCAGGAAGAUGCUCUGCGCUCUAACGUGUUCCAUCUGCGGGAGACCAGCCUUGAGCAGAAAGAGACUAUCGGGAACCAGAAGGAGACGAUCCGGGAGUUGACUGCCAAGCUCACCCGCUGCGAAAGCCUCUCCGAGGGGGACGGCAAACACGGCUCUUGGAGGAAAGUGUCGGGCAAACCCGAGGGCAAAGACACAAUGGGAGACUUACCCAGGGACCCGAGUCAGGUCAUUGAGCAACUCAGUCGCACCAUGCAGUCUCUGAAGGACCGACUGGAGAAUCUGGAGCAUCAGCUGAGAUCCAACGUGUCCCAUUCAGCUAUGCCUAACGACCUUCGAGAGACCCUUCAAAGGAGGCUGGGGGACUUGGAGCAUCAGCUUUUAAAUAAAGUGACUGAACUGGAAGACGAGAAGUCAUUGCUGCAUAACGAGAGCACAACUCACAGACACAGGACGGAGUCAACCCUCUCUGCUCUCUUAGAAAGAGUUAAUGAACUGGAGAAAGGAAGCAGCACAUUCAAGUCACCAGAUGAUUUCAAAGUCUCCCUCCCACUCCGCACCAAUUACUUGUAUGGCAGGAUCAAGAAGACUCUGCCUGAGCUCUAUUCUUUCACUAUCUGCAUGUGGCUGAAGUCCAGCGCAUCGCCCGGAAUUGGAACGCCAUUCUCCUACGCUGUGUCGGGCCAAGCCAAUGAAAUUGUAUUAAUUGAAUGGGGUAACCAUCCUAUUGAGCUGCUAAUUAACGACAAGGUGGCUCAGCUUCCAUUUACAAUUGGCGAUGGAAAGUGGCAUCAUAUUGGUAUCACAUGGACAACAAGGGAUGGAAUCUGGGAAGCAUUUCUUGAUGGUGAAAAACUUGGCUCCGGGGAGAAUCUUGCCCCUUGGCACCCAAUUAAACCAGGUGGAAUUCUCAUUCUGGGCCAGGAGCAGGACACAGUUGGGGGUCGAUUUGAUGCAACCCAAGCUUUUGUUGGAGAAAUGAGUCAAUUUAAUAUCUGGGACCGUGUUCUGAAAGCUGAAGAAAUUGGGAAUAUUUCAAACUGCACUUACAAUAUGCCUGGCAACAUCAUACCAUGGGUUGAUAAAAAUAUUGAUGUCUUUGGAGGAGCCACUAAAUUACCCUUGGAGCCAUGCGAAGAGCGCCUGUCUGAAUCAUAGCUAAAACUAGAGACCCCCCUCCCCCAAAGUGCCCUACUUUACUGAGACAAUCUCUGUUGAGGUUUUUGGUCCUACAAUGCACUUAUUUGCUCAAACAAAAAAAACCCUCUAAGAAACAGGCAUGGUUGGUGUGUGCGUUGUUUUCUAAGUGUAUUGCCAUAGUGAAUUAUACUACUAAAAGUCUUUAGGGGCUGGGCGAACAAGUUCCCGUUUGCCAUAUAAUAACAUAAAAUGAUCUGCAGGUUGCAUUCUGGCAAUCAGAUCUUCAAUGAGGAAAAUAAGCAUUACGGCUAUACACAGAUUUAUCAUUGCCUGGCAAAUAUUCAGCGGCACAACUGCUAUUUGUUGUAGAAAAUUUAUUUCUGGGGUUAUGUAUUAAUCAUAGCCUUUUGCCCACAAUGAUGAAAAUGUGUGUUCAUUGGUUAAAAUUGAAUAAAGUCAGGCCUUUUCUGUUGGUAUAUCGUAAA